AUGGCAAAUUUACGACGGCCAAGUACAUCAUGUCAAAUGUACAGACCAUCAUUAACUGAUGAUGAUGAUAAUCAAGUUAAUAAUAAUGGAAAAAAUUCAUUAUCAAGAAGUUAUACGUUCGAUGGUAUACAAUCAUUAAAGCAGCAACCACGAGUGACAAAACCUUCCCAAGUUUCGCCACCGGUUGCUGAUCAACAACAACAACAACGUUUAGGUCGAAGUUUACUGAGUAAUGAUAAUUGGCGACAAGAAACAAUGACUGAUGUUCGUCUUAAUUCUAAAGUUAUAGAUCAAAGUGAUCAAAAUAUUCUCUUUGGAAAAGGUAUCGAUCCUUUACCACAUGUACGUGAAAUGCUUAAUGAAUUAAGUAAUGCCGAAGCAUUUCUUUAUGCACGUCAAUGUCGUGUUGUUGUUGCUAAAUUACGUUUAUGUUGGACUGAUGUUAAUGAAGAAAUUAAAUCAUUAUUAAAACAUAAAGAAUAUACUGAAGCAGCUAUUGAACAUAUUCGUAAAGAUUUAAUUAUAAAUAAAGAAAGUUUUAAUAUACGAAAAAAACCUAAACGAGAAGCGGAACCCGAUGGUGUUGAUGAUAUACUUGCAGCUGAAAAAUAUCAUUUAACUAAUAUAAAAAAAAUUUUAGAACUUACUUGCAAAAAUGUUGUUGAUCAUAUGCAGAAACUUGAUGAAGUUCGUCAACGUGUAACAAAAAUUGGUAAAGAACGUUCAUUAGUUACAGAACUUAUAUGUCAAUGUUUAACAAGUGCAUCGAGAACAUUCGAAUUAGCACGAAUUGAAAAAUUAGACAAUGUACAACAUCGUCGACCACCAAUAACAGCACCACCUCGACCAUCAUCUGCAUUUGGUUUUCGAUCAUUCCGUUCGACUAAUAAUAAUUUAAGAACUGGUUCAUCAAAUUCAAAUUCCUAUAAUACUAGUAAUAAAGCUGAAUCAACAUUAUUAGAUGAAAAUGGUUUACCUCUUAUUGGUCAUUUACUUGCUUUUACACCUGAUGUUAUUCAAGUAUUUCAAGAUGCAGCUAAAUUAAUUGAAGAAUCACGUGAAAUAAAAAAACAAACAAUUAAUCAAAUAAAAGAUGCAUUUAAUGAUGCUAAAGCUUAUUCAUUAACUGUUAAUCAAAGUAUUGCUCAAAAACUUGCGGAUAUUAUUACAUUAGCUCAACAUUUAACAAUAUCACUUGGUGAAAAUAUGCUUGCUCAAAAUCGAGCAUAUCGUUGGUAUGAUUUAACAAUGAGUGCACAACGAUCAAAUGCAGGUCCACUUGGUUCAUCAUAUUUAAAAACAUCUGAACGUCUUGAUCGACCUAUUAUUCGAACAUUUCAACGACAUCCAGGAAAUCAAGUACCUGAAGCUCAAAUGAAUGCUAAAGCAACAAGAAAUCUUCAACAAUCAGCUAAUGAAACAGAUAAACAAAUGAAAACAUUAAAAAUUGUUGGACAACGAUUACAAACAAAUUUAAUUGAUAAAGAAAUUGCAUUGAAUAUUGAUUCAUAUCUUCUUCGUCGCCGACGUGAACGAUCUGAUCAUAAAUGGGGUGUUACAAAAUAUGUACACGUUUAA